UUAAAGAUUUUAAAUAAAUAAAAAAAAUUAAAAAAAAAAUGUCGGAUCAUAAAAAAAUCCUCGUUUAUUGUCUAAUAAUUUUAUUCGUGCAAAAUUACGUUAAAAUUCUGUCGUGUUCGCCGGUCCAAAAUAGUGAGACAACAAACAACGACACAAAUGACGACGGCGGCUUUACCGGAGACGAGAGCAGUAACAGCGUCACGGAGCACGGCGUGAUGUCGCACGACUCAAAUUCCCGCAUUGUCGACCUGAACAACUUGGAUGAGAGCAACUUGGAGUUUAUGCGACGGAAUAACAUCAAUUUGACGGCGCUGCGUGUCGAACAGGACCGAUUGCGUGGCUUAAAAUCGCGAAACGGACUGAACGGAAAUGUAAAUGCGCCCGCGCCGCUUACGCAAACGCGAAAUCCGCUCAGAGGCGAGGAUCAUCAUCGAAGAGAGUACGAGGAAGGAGCAAUUGAUAACAUCAAGAAUAUCAUUGAGACAGCGUUAAUUCGGAAUUCGUCGAUGCAAGUGCAGAUGCCUUCGAAUGCGGUGAAACAUGAAAUGGCUUUUAAUGCAGAAUGUGACAUGCCUCGUAAUUUCAACGAAAGCGUUUGGUUCAGCGGAGAUGCAUGGAACAUUUAUUUCAAAAUCCCAAAUAAGCGUUAUACCUUACAAUCAGCUGUUUUAAGAAUCUACAAAAAGUCCGAAAACGACGAAGCCAGCAACUGCACAGAAAAUGCCGAAGAACUCAUCCGAAUUGUCGUGAAUGUUUACGAAAGACGUCGUUCUCGUAAUCAACGAGGAGAAAAAACUUCCGUUUUACACAAAAAACUCUGCAGCAGCUCGACAGUUUCCCGCAAAUACGAAGGUUGGGUCGAAAUGGACAUAAAAAUGGCAGUCAAGCAAUGGGAAAAGCCAAAUCGCAACUUGGGCUUAUCUGUCGAAGUACAAGAUCACAACGAAAACACGUUGAAAAGUUUGGACUUUUUCCAUCCCAUCGACUGUAAUCAGGCAGCCAAACCCCUUCCAUGGACUGCUUACGGACACUUUACAGACUCCUCACGUGAAAUGGAUCACGUGUCCAAGCAACCAAGGAUAGACGUCACCUGGAUCGAUCUAAGCCAUUCGUUCCCAAAUCGUUUUACGCGACACAAUUCGAACAAUUUUCAUCAUCUUUCGUCGCACAGUCAUCAUCAUCAUAGCAACAACCAUCGCAGAAUGCUCGACAGAAAUCCCGACGACUCCACAGAAACGCACGAAAUUCACUCGUCUGCCGAAGAAACGCAACAACAACACAAAAAACGUCACUACAAACACAAAUUAGAGCAUUCGUUACGGAAAUCAUCGAUGGAAAAACUAUCGCGAGACGGAUCAUCGCAAGAAACGCAAGUCUAGCAGCAAAAAUCGUUGUCCGAGUAAAAAAAAAAAACAGAAAAUUCUCAUAACAAUUUUUCAAUCAAGCUAAAAUUUCCUUAUUUUUUAACAUUUUUUUAAUAUAAGUUUUUUUUUUCGCUAAUUUAAGUUACUUUUUAAUUCUUAACGUUUAAUGAGCAAAAUAUUUUUACUUUAAAUUUAUUUGUAUUUAUUAUCCUCGCUUAAUUUUAUGUAGACGCUAGUUGUUUAGUUUAACUAUUUUUUAUUUUAUUUAAGAAAAGCUCUCGAGUAUUUAUCAGAAAAAAAACAAAAAAAAAACAUAAAUCGACAUCACCUCACAGUAAAACUAUUUCUCGACAAUUUUAAAAAAAUAUUUUUGUUCGAGGAGGUGUUAAAUAAUUAAAAAAUUAACAUUAAAAAAAGUAACUUAGAAUUACGCUUUAAUUUUUUUAUCAUUUAAUUUUUUUUUUUAGUUUAAGAUGUAAAUAUUUAAAUUUUGAAUUAAGGAAAAAAAUAUAGAAAAUUAGAUGCUUUAGAAAAAAAUACAGGAAAUAAUUCUAAAAGAAAAAAAAUAAUUCGCGCGCAUAUCGAAAUUGCACAACAAUUAAAUAGUAAGUGUUAGAAAUAGGCUUAAAAUAUAAAAAAAACAUGCUACUUAAUUAUAGAUGACAGUCAAUAAGUACCAAAUAGAAAACAAAAAAGAAAAUCUCGAAUGCACAUUUUUUUUAAAGAUAAAAAUUAACUUUCUUAUUAGAAUAGUUGUAAAUAUUUUUUUUAAUUAAUAUUUUUUUUGUAAGAUUUUUUUGAGUAUUUUUUGCUAAAUAAAUAUUUUUUUUUGUGGUUGAGUAUAAAAUAUUAAUUUUUUUAUUUUUAAUUUUUUGUUUGUAAACGAAAUGUAGACAAAUUAUAGAAAAGUAAAAUAAAAAUUGAUUGAAAAUAUAAGAA